AUGGCGUUCUUGCACGGGGUGCUUAAAGAUGUCCACGCAAAACAGCCUUACAAUGUUGGUAAAAAUACUUUAAAUGGUGUGGUUGAGAAUCUUUUUGAGAAUUUGUGUUCAGGUCAUGAGGGUUUUAAGAGAGUCAUUGAAAAGGUGGCGCAGGGUGUCGGGGGGUAUAAUAGGGAAGUGGAGCGUUCGAAUAGGGAUGUCAAGAGCAAGAUCACAGAUUUAGAUUCUCAAAUGACAAACAUCUUAACUGGCGUAAAAGCAAUAUUGCCAAAACCAGAUAAAAAUGUUCAAGACCCCGCCCCCCCGGAGCCCACUGCAGAUCAAAUUAAUGGCUUUGAGAGUAAAAUCAGUAACAUGGUGCAGCGGUGUAAGGAUCAUGCUAGGGCAUUUAAUAGUGCAAUUCUUAAAGCAAAAGACAAAAUUAAGGAUUUGAAUGACCAAACAGAAGAGAAGGUGAAUAAAGCGAGAGAACGCAUUGACAUUGAGAGAGGCCGUUUUGACAGGGCGUGUAGUCAUGAAAAAAAUGAGUUCAAUGAGAUGGCGAAGAAAAUUGAAAGCGUGCUUAGGGAGCAUGGAGAGAAUAUUAAUUUGCAAAUUAAAAAAGAUGUUGAGAAACUCGUCGCGGAAAUAAAGAAAUUGGUCAAUAAGAUUUUGGAUCAAAUUCGUACAAUUGAUCGUUGUGUUGAGACGUACGCCAACGACUUAGAAACGCGAAUGAGGGACGCGGAGAAAAUUGUGAAGGAGGUGGGAGAGAAGGUGGAUAAAAUAUUGGAAGAGGUUGAUAAGAAUGGUAAACAUAAGAUAGCGCUUAAAGCAGCGGCGAACAUGAUUAGGCAGCACGCUUAUUCGCUUUGGGAGGCUGGCGAUCAGGCUAAGGAGAUCGUUCAGAGGGAUGUUGGAGCGGCGCUUAAGCAGGUUCUAGUCUUGGACAGGGCGGUGAGAAAGGGAUUGAAGACUACUAAGGACAAUAUUAAGGGAGCGAUGCAGAGGUAUGUUAAGGAGCAGUUGCUGGGGGAUAUUCAGAAAAGAGUCGGGGAGAUUAUUAACGGCACUUCACAAAAUGGUCUGAGUCAGAUGGUUAGAGUUUUUAAGGAGCAUGCUUUGAAGUUCAGCAAGCGACAUGAACAUGGAUUUGACGGUAUAGUCAAACAGUGGAUUGUGGAAAUAUUGAAUGAAGAUAAGACUGUUGGGGGCUACAUUGGGCAGUAUGUUACCACUAACGAAAGCAGGUUGAGUGCGCCAUACAAGAUGCUGGACGAUCUGCAUGGAAUUUAUAAGGCGCUUAACGAAAGAAUCGCAACGGGAAUUACAGAAAAACUUGAAGCAGAAAUCAGUCAAGCUGUUUUACUUGCUGACGUUUCUGAUGGAGGCACGGAAAUCGAAGAGUAUGUUCAAGCUGUUCAGGUUGGGUGCAAUUUAUUUGCUAAAGAGAUUGCGCAAAAGAUUAAGGCGGAUGAAGGUAGGUAUGGUCAUACGCUUGCAGACAAUAUAGCUAAGGAGGUUGAGACAGGCGGAAGUAAUCAGGAGGGUAUUACCGAAACACGUAGAGAAACCGGUAACGCAUUUUUUCUGACUCAUGCCAUCCAAGUCACACUACACCAACUCAUUGGUGUGGCGAAAAAAGCUGGUGCAGCAGUGGGUUCGUUCACCGGCGAUGACGACGGAUCCGGCAGCGACAUCACCAGUGUGAAUGCCGCGCUUACAGUAGCGCAGCUGCUUGAGAAGGAUCUUGGCACGGCGACGGAAGAUAACUCCCGUACCACCGUCCAACCCAUACCCCCCGGCGACGACGAGGAUGGGCGGCGUAAGUACGAAUAUGACGCCAGGAUCCUCGGCAUACUGGAGCAGGAGAUCGGGACGGAAGAGGACAAUGGUGGUGGAAGUAAUGGUGAUAAAAUACAGAGGGUUAAGGAUACGGAGUUUAAAGUUUACGAUAGGUCUAUUAAACAAGACAAAGUGUCGACAGGUCAACUAACCGGCGAGAAAGGCGAAGGCCAGCUGCCGGAGGCGAUCGGCGAGAUUUCAAGGGAAGUUACGAAUGCAUUAAAAAAUAUCGAUAAUCUCGAUACUCAAGCAAAAGAACAGUUAGAUCACGUUAAUAAGCAUCUCAACAGUUUAUGCCAAGCUAUCACGAGUUUUGCAGAAACCGGCGACGACAGCGCUAAAAAGAAAAUAACUGAGCUGAGAAAGAAAAUCGGUACCACCCUAAAAGAUGAAGAGAAGAGUUUGCACAGGGUGCAUCAGAAUCUUGUGUCUCUCAGAAAAGAGAAUCUGAAGAAGGCAAUCAACGACGUCGAAAAGUUUCUCCAAGAAGGCACCGGUCAAGCAGACACAGCAGGCAGAGAAACCAUCGCGAAACUCAGGGAACAAGUCGAAGAAAAAGUCAGGGACACAACCAGUAAGCUCACCACCCAGGCCAAAAAGCAUUACGUCUCCUCCAUCAAAACGGCGAUUCAGUAUUUUGCCGCGAGAGUCCAGAACGAGUUGAGGGGUUUGGCUGUGCAGAUAGAAAACGAUCUGAAAGAGGGAUAUAAGGGGUUCAUGAACAAGUGCGGAGCACAUUUGAUCCCCAAACUGGACCCUAUAAAGGGAGUCCCGCAAACGGUCUCUAAAGGACAAAAAUCCCCGCUGAGCCAGGCCGCGGAGAAAUUUAACGAAGCAUUCGCAUGGUUCUACGGUGCGCUAAUCAACCAAUCAGAUUCAGAGUCAGACGUAAAGAAAAUAAAGCCGUCGCAGAACCCUCUGACAAACUUGCUGGAAGGCCUUGUGGCUUCACAGCACUUCAAUUCUGAGUUCAGCAAAAAUCUGGUCGCACUGAACAACAAGCUGGAAAGAAUAAAGCCUUCGAAUCAUAACGACGGCAAAAGUCCGUUCCAGUUAGAGACUCUGAAGAAUGGUUUCACGCCUCUGGUCAAGGAGCUCGACAAGGCGUAUGUCAACAGGUACUCUGGUAUACCGUUUGCCGACGAGCUGGUGAAAGACGAUAAAAUAACCGGAGAGGGAACAAAUGCCGCAAAAAUAUUUUUGACAAUCUUGAUGUUCUAUUGCGACGAUCUCACUGAGUUGCACAAGCAAUGCACGGAGAGAGCUUCGUGGUGGGGGAGACAAAUAUACGCAUCCACUAAAGGCGACGAGAAUCUGUUGGCAGAUUUCUUCGUGUCAUGCGGUUACAAAGUCCCAAGUGGCAAGGACAAACAGGACGGAGAAUUGCAACGUUCUCUCAAAAUGACGGGUAGCGAUAUUCUUGGUAAACUCAAUGCGGAGAUUCAAAACUCCCAUGAUAACGAACAUCUUAAGCACUGUAAGCCAAACGGAAAGAAAUUUUCGUUCAAUAUUGUAGAUAUUACUAAAUGUAUAUUCAACCACGUCCAUGACUAUUACAGGUGUUGCCACUUCGUAGUACACCCUAAGCCUAAGCAUCCGUCAUCUAUUUAUGAUAUGCUCACAUGGCUUAGCGGUCUCACUUAUAAUCCAGUUCACCACGAAUUAACACUCAACGGUUUCCCUCAGCUAUUUGAGAAACCCAAGAAAGAAGCGUCGGCAGACGAUGAGAAUGACGGCGCAUCUAUUAAGCUUGUGGCUGACGACACUUUGGAGGCCUAUCCAAAAGCUAUCACAGCGAUGGGACUCUCAGACACCCUGACAGACGUGUGCCACAAAUCACAUGCCGUACUCAUCGCAAUCCUUGGAUACGGCCACUCGGGUGGAGUUUAUGCUUGUGAUUUCAACACUAAUCCACAAGGCUUUUCCUAUCCCGCUCACUUUAACGCAUUAGUCUGUAUGCUCUUUGAUUUCCUGAAACGUAUCCACCAGCAGUUAUAUUUCCUGUACGAUCAGUGUAAUCACACGACCGCGAUGAGCGGCUGGCGUGACUGUCACUACGGCAGAAACGUGGCCGGCUCAUCAUGGCAGUGCAACACAAACCAAUGUGCCAACCUAGACUGUCCUCAAAAGGCUGGCCAAAAUGCCAACCAAAGCGGUAACCAAAAGGCAAGGCAAAAGGCUUACCUAACGUGUGACCAACAUCCUACUUGUGGUGUGAAAUCACCAUUACAGUCUUUCUUAGAAGAUAGCCUAGUAGGCUUCCUGCCUCACGUUCUAACAUCUGGCAGAGGCAUUUCAUGUCUCACGUGCACUAAGACGUCAUCUGGUAUGCCAUGUAAAACGCCAAUGGGCUUCGCUGAAAUCGGCAUCACCGCAUCGCAUAGUCACACAGGUCAGCAUAUUAGCGAUAUACUUGGCAGGUUCAUUGGCAAAAAAUCAUCCCCCUUGACUAUGCUACUCAGCCAACUGAGAUGUGUUCUUCCAAGUGCCCCCAAAACAGUCGCCGAUUUGUUGUCGUUCUAUUUCAAUUUGUUCAACGGGUGGGAAAAGCAAAGUGAUACGCAUAGGAAAGUGGCAUUCGACGAUGCUGUCAACGAAGCCAAUUUCAAAUCUCCUUAUAGUCUCAACGACGUGUCGCUCAUUUUCAAAUCCAAGGACCACUCACUCUUUGUCUACGGAGAUACAAACACAGGCAAAACUCUAUAUCAUAACCGCGGCGACCUACAUAGUAUACAUGACCCGGCAAAUACAUGUUACACCCCCGGCAUCACGUGCGGUGCUUACGUGUCAACGCUGUGCCAUGACACGUAUUCCACGUUCUCAUCCAAACACAAAGGAUUGUAUCUGUCGUGGAUUGUCUUCCUGACUGAGUAUUUUUAUGAUUUACUAUCGCAGCUAUGCAAAAAAUGUGAUGCUAUAUGUGCCGCUAAGCAUAAGAAAUGUCGCAUCACCGGUUGCGCUUACGGCGUUUGCAAUCUUCUCAAAUCCGGUUACGUUGAUACAUUUGACCACUCCGCAACGUGCAACUCAAUCAUUCGGUGUCCAAAAUCUCUGACAUCACUAUACGAAUGCGGCCUGACGUUCGGUAACAGAAAACACCUAGAUGGAUAUGUUGAAAAUAAAUGCGUUCCCAAAAGGACAUGUCAGAACUUCAUUGACCAACUCACCAAGGUGUGCUCAGACGGAUCUGUCCUCUCACAGUUGAUUCAUAAAACCAUACCUGAAUUUCUCUGGAAAAUCAGACAACCCUUCUCCUACCUCUUGUUAGCCCUCUGGUCCCUCUCUUUGCUCUACCUGCUGCACAUCACCGUCGUCCGACUCGACGUCCUGAGGAUACGCUCCCACCUGAGAUCGCCCUCAAGCCACCGCAUCGCCGCCCAGUCGCUCCUCGCCGCCGCACGCGUCAAGGCACUCGCCAACGUCAAGUACUUCUCACCAUAA